UGUUUUCAAAACCCAAGCAACAGGCGAUCAAUACUUAGACCGCUUCAGUGGCACGCAAGUCUGAGCUGGAUUGUGUUGUGUAAAAAAAAUUAAAAUUUAAACUUGCCUGUAUAGCCGUGUAUAGAUUUUCGGUAAAGAGGCGCUGGUCGUGGCGGACUGCGAGAACUCUGCUGUAGCGGGGGGCGUCGGCCUCGCCGUGAGUAGCAAGGUAUAUCCAAGUCCGGGGGCGGCGCGCGGCGUGUGGGCGCUGCCACAGCCGCCCCCGUGCACGAUGGCCGCAGAGGAAUCUCUCCCACAGGGCUCACCCAUGUCGCCGGAUGCUCCAGUCGCACCACCCAGGACUAUCACGAGUUUCAAUCAAUACUCCGAUUUGCACCAACUAAUAUUUGAGGCGGUUCGAUCAGGAGAAGUAUCGGAAAUCGAACGCCUGGUUGAAAAACUUGGAGUGGAAGUCUUGAAUGCUCGGGACCAGCAUGGCUAUACUCCCGCACACUGGGCAUCGCUUGAUGGGAGCGUGGCGGUCAUGCGAUACCUCGUGGAAAGAUCAGCUCCUGUCGAUCUUUCCUGUCUUGGCACUCAGGGGCCGCGUCCGAUACACUGGGCUUGCCGCAAAGGACAUGCAUCUAUCGUUCAAGUUCUCCUUCAGGCCGGUGUUGCUGUCAAUGCUGCAGAUUUCAAAGGUUUGACACCUUUAAUGACAGCUUGCAUGUAUGGUAAAACAGCCACAGCUGCUUAUCUGUUAGGAAUGGGUGCAGCUACAAGACUGUCUGAUAUCAACGGAGACACAGCCUUGCAUUGGGCGGCAUAUAAGGGACAUGCAGAUGUAGUUCGUCUUUUAAUUUACUCUGGAGUUCCAUUACACUGUACUGAUAAUUUUGGUUCGACACCCCUACAUUUAGCAUGUUUGUCGGGAAACUUAACUUGUGUUAGAUUACUCUGUGAAAAGGUAAAGGCUGAGUUAGAGCCGCGCGAUAAAAAUGGAAAAACACCGCUAAUGCUAGCACAGAGCCACAGGCAUGCAGAAGUUGUGAAAUUACUGCAAAAGGAAAUGAAACGUAAAUCCCAUUGGAUACCCCCACUGUCAGAGUUAUGGGCGUUACUGUUCGGCGGCGCUGGUGAUUCUAAAGGGCCACUGUUGUUCUUUUUAAUCUCAGUUUUAUUGUGGGGUUAUCCUAUGUACGUGAUUAGGUGUAUUCCGCUGACGUGGAACACGCUUCGUCUCUCACACUAUUGUUUUCUGUACUGGAAUGCUAUUAUGUGGAUGAGUUGGUUGAUUGCCAACAGACGUGAUCCCGGAUACGUGCCGCAGAAUUCGGAAACAUACUACAGAGCUAUAAGACAAAUCCCUUAUUACGAUAAAUGGAAGAAGAGAAAUAUUAUAUUGUCACGACUGUGUCAUACGUGUCGAUGCUUAAGACCUCUGAGAGCAAAACAUUGUCGUAUCUGCAAACGUUGCGUAGCGUAUUUUGACCAUCACUGCCCGUUUAUCUACAACUGUGUCGGAGUUCGCAAUCGAAUGUGGUUCUUCUUGUUCGUGAUGAGCGUUGCGAUCAACUGCACAUUAUCGAUCUACUUUGCCUGUUAUUGUCUACUGCUCGAGGGAUUCGGUCUGCUGUAUAUGCUGGGGCUACUUGAAGCUAUUACUUUUUGUGCUCUCGGUUGGAUCUUGACUUGCACUUCGGUGCUGCACGCCUGUAUGAACUUAACCACAAACGAAAUGUUUAAUUACAAACGAUAUCCAUACUUGAGGGACAAACGAGGAAGAUACCAAAAUCCAUUUUCACGUGGACCCAUCAUGAAUCUGUUCGAGUUUUUCGUGUGCCUGCCGGAUAAAUGCGACGACCAUGACAUUUUUCACGAAGAAAGUAUAUAAUGGCUUCGUUUGCAAAUUAAAUUACUGAAGAUUGUUUAGUUAUGUAAUUAAAAAUUCAAUUACCUAUUCAAGAUUUUAAAUUACUGACACUCACCAAAGCUAAAGACGUUCAAAAUAUGAAAUAUGCACAAUAAAUUUACGCAAUAAAUAAAUGGCAA